AUUCUCUCUUCCGCUCGUCAGCAUUGACCUCCCAAGAUGGCAGGAGUGCGAGGUUUGGGUCUUCUGUCCAGACUUACAGUACGGCAAAGAUACAGUCUUUUUACAGAUGCUUCUAGAAGGAACUUCAGUGUCACAUCCUCCUUAAUGGCUCGUACACACGUAAACUAUGAGAUCAAGGGAGAUGUGGCCGUUAUUCGCAUCAAUGACCCGACCUCAAAGGUGAACACCCUAUCAGUUCAUAUGCAAAAGGAGAUGACUGAAAUUAUGGAUGAGAUUUGGGCCAAUAAUGCAAUCACAAGUGCUGUACUGAUCUCCUCCAAGCCUGGCUGCUUCAUUGCAGGGGCUGAUAUAAACAUGAUCCAGGCCUGUAAAAGUACAGAAGAAGUAACUAAUCUCUCUCAGGAGGGGCAGAAAAUGUUUGAAAAAAUUGAAAAGUCCCCAAAACCUGUUAUUGCUGCCAUCAAUGGUUCAUGUCUUGGUGGGGGGUUAGAGUUGGCCAUCGCUUGCCAGUACAGAGUGGCUACAAAGAAUAAGAAGACAGUUCUGGGCACCCCUGAGGUCUUGCUGGGUCUUCUGCCUGGAGCUGGAGGAACACAGAGACUGCCAAAAAUGAUUGGUCUUCCUGGUGCCUUUGAUAUGAUGUUAACAGGAAGAAACAUCCGUUCAGAUAAAGCCAAGAAAAUGGGCCUGGUGCACCAGUUGGUUGACACCCUAGGUCCUGGAUUGAAGAGCCCAGAGGAGAGAACUAUUGAAUACUUGGAGGAAAUAGCUGUUGACUGUGCACGAGGAAUUGUCAAUAAGAAAAUCCCACUCGCUAAAGAAAAGAGUAUGAUGCAAAAAAUACAAGACUAUAUUAUGAGCUACCCAUUUGUGCGAAAUCAGAUCUACAGUACUGUGCAGAAAAAAGUUAUGAAACAGACAAAAGGAUUAUACCCUGCCCCUCUGAAAAUCAUUGAGUGUGUGAAGGCUGGCAUGGAGCAAGGAUUAGAUGCAGGAUACCUAGCAGAGUCACAGAAUUUUGGCAAAUUAGCAAUGACGUCUGAAUCCAGAGCACUUAUUGGACUGUACCAUGGCCAAGUUGCUUGCAAGAAGAACCGUUUUGGAGUCCCUAAAAAGGACGUUAAAACAUUGGCCAUCUUGGGAGCAGGGCUGAUGGGGGCAGGCAUCGCUCAGGUGUCUGUGGAUAAAGGCAUUAAUACCAUUCUGAAGGACACCACACUGGAGGGACUCAACCGGGGACAGCAACAGGUUUACAAAGGACUAAAUGACAAGACCAAGAAGAAGAGCAUUACCUCAUUCGAAAGAGACAGCACACUGUCGAGUCUUACAGGACAGCUGGACUACAGUGGCUUUCAAAAGGCUGACAUGGUUAUUGAGGCUGUAUUUGAGGACAUUGCUAUCAAACAUAAGGUCUUAAGAGAAGUUGAAGCUGUCACUUCUCCCGAAUGUAUAUUUGCCUCCAACACAUCAGCUCUCCCAAUCAAAGACAUUGCAGCUGCCAGUACACGACCAGAGAAGGUAGUUGGAAUGCACUACUUUUCUCCAGUGGACAAAAUGCAACUUCUGGAGAUAAUUACUACUGACAAAACAUCUAAGGAUACCACAGCCUCUGCAGUUGCAGUUGGCCUGAAACAAGGCAAAAUCAUAAUUGUUGUUGGCGAUGGACCUGGGUUCUAUACCACAAGAUGCUUAGCUCCCAUGUUAGCUGAAGCUGUCAGAGUACUCCAGGAAGGAGUGGACCCCAAGAAACUGGACUCAUUGACUACAGGAUUUGGGUUUCCAGUGGGUGCAGCCACCCUAGCUGAUGAAGUAGGCAUUGAUGUGGCCGCUCAUGUGGCUGAGGACCUGGGCAAAGCUUUUGGCUCAAGAUUUGGUGGAGGAGAUCCCGAACUUCUGAAGACAAUGGUGGAAAAAGGUUUCAAAGGCCGCAAGUCUGGUAAGGGAUGCUAUUUGUACCAGCCUGGACUCAAACACAAAGAUGUCAACCCAGAACUUGAGGAGAUUCUUGAGCUUUACAAGAUGACACCAAACCCUGCAGUGUCAUCAGACUCAGAUGUGCAGUACAGACUGGUGUCUCGCUUUGUGAAUGAAGCUGUGUUGUGCCUACAAGAGGGCAUCCUGGCCAACCCAGUAGAGGGAGACAUCGGAGCUGUGUUUGGUCUGGGUUUCCCCCCGUGCCUUGGAGGUCCUUUCCGCUUUGUGGACACAUUUGGUGCUGACAAAUUAGUGGAGAAGAUGAGGAGGUUUGAAGAGGUGUAUGGGAACCAGUUCACUCCAUGCUCGCUCUUGCUUGAUCAUGCUAAGGAUCCAAGCAAAAAAUUCCAUAAGUGACCUAAUCAUGUGCCAUUAAUAACAUUUAUAGAAUGAAUUCUGUUUUUAAUGUAAGCAGAACAUGACCGACUUGGUGCACUUAGAGAGUGAGAGAGUGGUCAGAAUGUGUUAUCAUGUGAAUUGCCUCUACAUGUUUAACAAAGUGAAAGCAGAGAAUUACUAUGUGCUUCUCUAAUAUUAAAGCAGCCUUUUUACUGAAUUAUAAUUUUGGGUUUGAGUUGCUUUUGUAAGUUUAACAUUUGAUAGAUUUGUAUUUCCAGUGUAAAUGACCAUGAGAACUCAAUGGGUUAAGGACAUUUCUGUACAGUGUCAGACCAGAUCCUAACAAGCAAAAUCUGUCAAUAUUGUCUUUUCUCUUGAGCUUGAUUUAGUUCAAGAGAAUUCAUUUAUCUGUGAAACUGUUUGGAUUUUUGGUGAAUAUUGGCACUUGCUGAGAUCUCACUUUCUCUGGUUAGAGAGAAAAAACAAUCAUGAGACAAUAAACAAAUGUUUCUGUUGUGA